GCCCUGAUGACAGUGGAACCUCCUUAAGUUGCGUCUCGCCACAGCUGUCUGCGAGCAUUGAGCCGCCUGGCGCCAUCCUGCUCCUAUCAGAAAGAAUGCCUGCACUGUAACAAAACUAGGCAGAGACAGGGAGAGAACAGCACAUCUGAUCAACCACUUUCUGCUUCAUCUUCUUCUGGGAUCACACACCUCCUUCCUAUACAUCUCUGUACUUUGUGCUGCAGGCUGUUUGCUGGGGGGAGGACCCCUUGCGCCCCAGGUGGCACAGCUUAGUUCACUCCUGCUCAUUCCCUGGAGAACUUUUUUGGACUUUACAUCAGUGCAGAAGCUUAGAGCCUGGCACGGCUUAUUAGCGUUACUACUUCUCUUGCAUGCUUUGAAGAAUCCCCUUCAGCUUGCGUCUUAAAUUGUUUUUUUCUUUCCUUUGUAGGUCAUAGAUAGCUCUGGAAUUUUCUUUUUUUAUCCUUGUUCUGCACACAUUGGACUUUCACUCUGCGCCGUAACUAGUGAUUUUGGUCAGUCUCUGCAGACAAGUGCGUAUUGGUGCUGCUGGCCAUGGAGGUCUCAGCCGAGCAGCCUCGCUGGGUCAGUCACCCUCACCACCCGGCUCUAUUAAAUGGACAGCACACAGACUCCCACCACCAGGUCCACAACUAUAUGGACCCCUCACAGUACCCUCCGCCAGAAGACAUGGAUGUACUCUUCAAUAUUGAUGCACAAGGAAACCACGUCCCUUCCUACUACAGCAACUCUGUCCGGACGGUGCCCAGAUACCCUCCGCCACAUCAUGGAAGCCUAGUGUGCCACCCUUCUAUCCUACAAAGUUGGACAGAUGGGCGCAAGUCUUUGGGAGGACCCCACGCUGCUUCAGCCUGGAAUUUGCCCUUCACCAAGCCUUCCAUUCAUCACAACUCCCCCGGAGGACUUUCUGUCUAUCCCCCUGCCUCCUCGGCAUCCCUGGCUACAGGACAUUCCAGCCCCCACCUCUUCACCUUUCCCCCCACUCCACCAAAAGAUGUCUCCCCGGACCCUUCUAUUUCCACCUCUGGUUCCACAUCCUCCAGCAGGCAUGAGGAGAAGGAAUGUGUAGUGUCCAAGUAUCAAGUGUCCCUGGGCGACACUGGCAUGAAACUGGAAUCCUUACACCCCAGGAACAGCAUGUCAGGAAUUGGGGGAGUCUCUGCUCACCACCCCAUUACCACCUACCCUGACUAUUACGGCGCAGGGCUUUUUCAACCUGGUAGCAUUUUGGAUGGUUCUCCAACUCACUUCUCCAGUAAGCCAAGGCCCAAAACUCGCUCAAGCACAGGCAGGGAGUGUGUAAACUGUGGGGCAACUUCAACCCCCCUCUGGAGGAGAGAUGGCACUGGACAUUAUCUAUGCAAUGCAUGUGGACUCUAUCAUAAAAUGAACGGCCAGAAUCGACCCCUCAUUAAACCCAAAAGAAGGCUGUCUGCAGCUAGGAGGGCGGGUACAUCCUGUGCAAACUGUCAAACCACCACCACGACACUGUGGAGGAGAAAUGCCAAUGGAGAUCCUGUGUGUAAUGCCUGUGGGCUGUAUUACAAGCUGCACAAUAUCAACAGACCACUGACGAUGAAGAAGGAAGGGAUUCAGACCAGAAACCGAAAAAUGUCUAGCAAGUCAAAAAAGAGCAAAAAGUUCCACGACAGCCUGGAGGACUACCCAAAAAGCAGCUCAUUCAGUCCUGCUGCCCUCUCAAGACACAUGUCUUCACUCAGCCACAUUCCCUUUAGCCACUCCAGUCAUAUGCUAACCACACCGACACCAAUGCACCCUCCGUCCAGUCUUUCCUUUGGACCUCAUCACCCAUCCAGUAUGGUCACUGCAAUGGGUUAGUCUUUGUACCUUCCAAAAAGGACCUCAUCUAUAUUUGCAUUUUUUGCUGGAGGUUGAUGAUCUCUUUAGGAUGGAAACAAAUUUUAUUUAAUUGCUUACACAAUGUUGGGUUUGCCACUUUUAUAGGAACUCACUAUGGCAUCUACGCUUUCUCAACCACUGAAUCUGGAUUCCAUUUGUGAAUAAGCCAUUUAACCUUCUAUUCCCUGUUGAUAAGGGUUUCUAGUGCUGUGAACAACAACAAAAAAAAAUAAUGAUGAACAUUUCAUCUAAUAUAUCAUAAGAAAUACUGUAUAUAUGGAGAAUUUACUGUCAUUUGGCAUCUAUAAAAGGAAGCAUGAAGGACUAAAGGAGCUUUUACAGAUAAGUCAAGGAGAACUAUAAAUUGAACAUUGCCAGUCUUUUUAAGUAAACAAACAAACAUAUUGCUGGCAAUGUUUUCCCUUUCUUGUGGGUGGAAUCUGUUUGAUGCAUUUGUAGAGAGUUAUUCUAUUCAGACUGUGGUGCCUCUCCUAAGGAAGUGCUAUCAGUCCCAGGCAAUCAGUGUUAACAUGCGGAUAUUGCCAAUAAGGAUUUUGAGAUGGUCAUUCUUCAGGCCUAUAUGCAUUGUGAAUAAGUUCCUGUAAUUGUUGUUUGUAUGUAUAAUUCAAAAGCACCAAAUAAAAGAUGUAGAUUUAUUUCAUCAUAUUAUACAGACUGAAUGGUUGUAUAAAUUUAUUUACUACUAGUGUAAAGAACUGCCUUUAUUGUUUUCAUAUUAUUUUUCUUUCUUCAAAAAUAAAAUAGACAAAAUUCUGUUGAAA